UUUAUUGUUUUCAAUUACUCUGCAAAUGGCUUUCACGUGGAGCAGGCGGAGAGAGUAAUUAAACAUCCUUGCUCUUCCCAAUUCCGCUUAGGUCAACCGGGCCCCUUCCCUUUUCCCAAACUUUUCAUAAUACCACACCCUCAGCUAAGCAUUUCCACAAGCACCUGAGCUGCGCAAAUGGAGAUGCUCCUCUCCAAUGGCCCCGAACACCGAUCGGUGCCCGAGCGUUUCAUAUUCCCCCCGGAAAAGCGCCCGGGAAAGGAGGCCGCUUCCUCUGUCUCCCUCCCCGUGAUCGAUCUCCGCGGCGGCGAGCUCCACGGCGACGGCCAUGGUGAGAUCGUCGAGCAAAUCGUCGAGGCUGGUAAAGAAUUCGGCUUCUUCCAGGUUAUCAACCAUGGUGUUGCAGACCAAGUGCUCGAUGAAAUGAUGGCUGUCGCGGAGGAGUUCUUUAAGAUUCCGAUCGAGGAUAAAGCUGCGUAUUAUUCGGAGGAUACGAGUAAAAAUAACAGGCUUUUCGCAAGCACCAUGUAUGGAAAAGAUGGAACUUAUUACUGGAGGGAUUGCUUGAAACUUGCUUGUUACCCUGUGGAGGAGACCAUACAUGAAUGGCCUGAAAAGCCGAGUAAUCUCAAGGAAGUUCUUGCAAAAUUCAUAGUAGAGGCUAGAGGGGUUGCUAUGAAGCUCUUGAAGCUUAUUUGUGAAGGACUAGGCCUCAAGGAGGACUAUUUUGAUGGAGAUCUCACUGGGGGUCAAGUCCUUAUAAAUGUGAACUAUUAUGCGCCGUGCCCGGAUCCAAGUUUAACACUUGGUUUGCCGCCGCAUUGUGAUCGAAAUGUCAUCACCCUGCUUCUUCCUGGGACCGUUUCUGGUCUUCAGAUCAUGCACAAAGGGAGUUGGAUUGGAGUCGAGUCGAUUCGGAGUGCUUUGGUUGUUAAUUUCGGACACCAAUUAGAGAUAAUUACAAAUGGAUUGCUGAAGAGUGUCGAGCAUCGAGCCGUGACAAACUCGGUUGCGUCGCGGACUUCGAUCGCCACGUUCGUCAUGCCAGCCAUGGAUAGCCGGAUCGAGCCAGCUCAAUCACUGAUCGACGAGCGAAACCCUCUGCUCUACAAAUCCUUCCUCUUCAAAGAUUUCCUCAAAAUCUACAAUGAUGCUUCAGCUAGGAGGGAGAGUGUGCUAGAAGCAUUCAUGAUCAAAAAUUGAAGGUCUUAAUAAAGUGUAAUGCAUUAUCUACAAUGAAUGGCAUGCUGUGGAUGAUUUUUUUUUUAUUAUUAUUUUGAGAUAGAUAGCACGCUACCUGUUUCGUUUA